AGAUACACAAAGAGGAGUCCUCUAUUUAUCUCUAUGGUUACAGUUCCCGAAAUUACCACAUGUCCAGCCUCUAGUCCUGAAGAGAGCGUUCUCUUUGGAUGUUCCAAGUAUCACUCAAGUCGUUUUUCAUGGAUCAGGAAGCACUGGACACGAUGAUUCGUAGAUACAGCAGAAGCUUGUAUUGUAUGCGUGAAAUGAAAAGCCUCAUCCCACUGGCUGCUAUGAUCUAGCUAGUGAAGCGUUCUUUUCAUAUUAAAUUUAACAAAAACAAUAUCAAUUUUUGAUCUUUAUUUAAGUAGUUAUUUUACUUGUAAUUGUUUAUGGUUGCAUUGUUGGGAACCUAUUAUUUGCCAGCCAGCCACACAGCGGCAAGCUGGCCAGUUUGCCGACGUUUUAUGGAUUGAUUCCCAGCUCUCUAACGGUAACGUUAUUAGCGGGUAGCCGAGUCCAAGGCAAGGGACAGCUGUUUUUAAUCCUAGUUUUUUAAUCCCUGUUUUUACUUGUUAAAGAAGAUGAAGAUAACGGUGGAAUUCGAGGAAUGUCUCAAAGACUCUCCAAGAUUCAGGGCCACUAUAGAGGAGGUGGAAGGGGAUGUUGGAGAGUUGGAGUCCAAACUCGACAAGCUGGUGAAGCUAUGCAUCGGGAUGAUCGACGCCGGCAAGGCUUACAACACGGCAAACAAACAGUUUGUCAAUGGAAUCCGCGAGCUCGCUGCGAGCUCCACCAAAGAUGAAGUCAUUGAGUCCAGUCUCACAACGUUUGCUGAGAGUCUGCAGGAGAUGAUCAACUAUCACACGAUUUUGUUUGACCAGGCCCAGCGAUCGAUUAAGACACAGCUUCUAACAUUUGUSAAAGAGGACCUGCGGAAGUUCAAAGAGGCUAAGAAGCAGUUUGACAAGGUGAGUGAGGAGAAGGAGGCGGCGUUGAACAAGAAUGCCCAGGCGCCGCGCAACAAGCAGCACGAGGUGGAGGAGGCCACCAACAUCCUGACGGCCACGCGCAAGUGCUUCCGCCACAUCGUCCUUGACUACGUCCUCCAGAUCAAUGUACUACAGUCCAAGAGAAGAUCGGAAAUUCUCAAAUCGAUGCUGUCRUUCAUGUACGCCCACCUGACCUUCUUCCAUCAGGGUUACGACCUUUUCAGUGAACUGCAACCGCUGAUGAAACAGCUGGGGGGACAGCUGGACCUGCUGGUGGUGGAUGCAGCCAAAGAGAAGAGGGACAUGGAGCAGAAACACUCCACCAUUCAACAGAAGGACUUCUCGAAGACGACACCAUCACUGGAGUACAAUGUGGACGCAGACAAUGGCAUUGCGAUGGAGGGCUACCUGUUUUAGAGGGCCAGCAACGCCUUCAAAACAUGGAACAGGCGCUGGUUCUCCAUUCAAAACAAUCAGCUAGUUUACCAGAAGAAGUUCAAGGAUAAUCCCACAGUGGUGGUGGAGGACUUGCGGCUAUGUACAGUCAAACACUGUGAAGAUAUCGAACGCCGCUUCUGCUUUGAAGUGGUGUCACCCACCAAGAGUUGUAUUAUGCAGGCUGACUCUGAGAAGCUGAGGCAGGCUUGGAUCAAAGCUGUCCAGAACAGCAUCGCCACUGCCUUCAGGGAGCAGGGAGAGGACGCUGAGAAGCUGGACCGGAACUCUUCCACUUCCACAGGCAGCCUGGACUCAGGCGGCGAGCCCAAAGAGAGGUCACUGAAGGGGGAGAGCGCCCUCCAGAGGGUCAUGGUCAUUGGGGGCAACGCCUGCUGCUGUGACUGUGGCCAACCUGACCCACGCUGGGCCAGCAUCAACCUGGGCAUCACCCUCUGUAUCCAGUGCUCUGGGAUACACAGGAGUCUGGGGGUCCAUUUCUCCAAAGUGCGCUCGCUCACCCUGGACUCAUGGGAACCGGAACUACUCAAGCUGAUGUGUGAGCUGGGUAACGGGGUCAUCAACCAGAUCUACGAGGCUGGGAGAGAGGAGCUGGGAGCCAUGAAGCCAAAGCCGACAGACCCCAGACAGGAGAUCGAAGCCUACAUCAGGGCCAAGUACGUGGACCGGCGUUUCGUGCAGCGCCCGUCCAAUGAAGAGUUACGCGCCAAGGUGGUGUCCCUGGCCAAGCAGGAGAAGAAGCUGAGCGGCAGCACAGAGCACCUGCCCCCCCGGCCGCCCCCGCCCACGCCUAAACUCCGGCCCUCCUCCAAUGCCUCAGUAAGAAGUGCAGACAGUGGCAUCCAGAACAGUGCAGAAGGAAGUAGGGAGAUGCUAGCCACCAACAGCCUGGCUGAAGCAGAAGCUGCCGAGGCGCCCCCCAUGGCCAUGCCUGCCACCCUGCCCCCUCCAUCGCCCUGUAAGGAGCUGGUGGUGUUCUCGGAGCCCAAGGAGUACUCCCCGGGCCUGCAACUGUACUGGGCCUCGUGUGCCCGCAGCCUGCCCGACAUGGCCGAGGCCCUGGCCCACGGAGCGGAGGUCAACUGGGUCAACAACGAAGACGACAAGAGGACCCCGCUCAUCAUGGCUGUGCAGGGGGGCUCGUUGGUGACCUGUGAGUUCCUGCUCCAGAACGCAGGAAACGUGAACCAGCAGGAUGCCCUGGGCCGAGGACCCCUCCACCACGCCACCAUCCUGGGACACACCGGUCAAGUGUGUUUGUUCCUGAAAAGAGGAGCCAAUCAGAACGCGGCAGACAUUGAAGCGAAAACGCCCCUAUCCAUGGCAGUGGACGCUGCCAAUGCAGACAUCGUCACAUUACUGCGAUUGGCCAAGAUGAACGAGGAGAUGCGGGAGGCGGAGGGGCCCUACAUGCAGUCAGGAGAUGAAACCUACCAAGACAUUUUCCAGGAUUUUUCCCAGAUGGCUUCAAACGAUCCGGAGAAGCUGAAUCGCUACCAGCAGUAUGACUCGCAGCAGAGGCCAUGAGGGAGACRACCUGGGGAAACCGUCUGGGCUUUUUCCUGGUCAGUGCUGUACUCAGCACGAGUAUUGGGUCUGUUUCACCUGAACCUCAAUGGUGAAGGUGUCUGUUGUAUAUCACUUUUAAUGGGUCUAAAAUUGUACAUUUUAAAGUUUAAAAUGUAUACAUUUUAUUGAGGCUGGACGGCUCAGGAUUGUGAACUUAAACAAUGUUUUAUGAGACUCUGGACCGGCGCCCAGUUUGUAAAACAGUUCACAUUUGAACCUGAAUGGUACAGUAUUAUACUUUUUACAUAAUGGGACAGUUUGGUUCAAAACAUAACCAUAAACAAAAUCAAGUCGAGUCAUAAUUGUCUAUUCUGAAUUCAUAUAAACCAAAUAGACCACUCAUCGUGUCUUUUGAAGUUUAGUAGGUUUUUACAUGUAGAUACUUUUUUUAAUAUAUAAAAGAAUACACAUUUUAUUUGUGCUAUCAAUUUGCUAAAAUCGUCCCAUUUCAAUGUGGUGUUUUGUUGAUUAAUAAGCAGCACCUUUUGUGAUUUUUGGCUAUAGUAGUGUGGUUUCACAGCAUUGAUCUGUUGUAUAUAAAAAUGCAAAUGAGACUCAUUAUGUUAAAAAUGAAAGUGAAUGUUGAUGGCCSAMCMCCCMCCCCCCCC